AUGAGAAGUCACUGGAGCUCUUAUAUUGCGCUCUUAUGAGCAGCAAAACCAACACUUUUUCCGUCAAUUUUUUCAUGCUAAAAUAUUUUUAGCAUACUCUUUUAAAACUCUGAGCAGUUUUUAUUUUACCUGAAAUAAUUUCCUUCACCAGAAAACUUUCAUAAGUGUGAGGGAGAUGGAAGCGGAGGAAAGUAAAAUAUCAGUGUGGCUUUGUCGAGAAGAGAAGCUCGUGUCGGGUUUGUCAAAGCGCACGACCUGCGCGGAUGUGAUCCGUGUGUUGCUGGACGAACAGAACCUGGCCGAACUCUCUCUGUCCGGUUCGCCUCGGUCCUACUGCAUAGUGGAGAAAUGGCGAGGAUUUGAACGCAUUUUACCCAACAAAACCAAAAUCCUGCGCCUGUGGAACGCGUGGGGAGACGAGCAGGAAAACGUCAGGUUCGUGCUGGUGAAAAACGAGGCGUCUGUGUCCAGCAGCGGGCCGCGGAGCGCGGAGGCGCGCGUGGUGCUCAGCAAGGAGAGCCCGUGCGCUUACAAGGGGACCGCGCGGGUGACCAUGGCUCUGUCCCAAGAGAAGCAAAGACGGAUUGUGAGAAAAGCGUUCCGAAAGUUGGAUAAAAUCAACAAGAAAAAAGCGCAGUCCAAGAACGUAUCCAAGGACGCAUCGUCUAUGGAGAAGAUGGAGACCAUGGUGCACCUGGUCAUCUCUCAAGAUCACACCAUCCGUCAGCAGAUUCAGAGGAUUAAAGAGUUGGACAGGGAGAUCGACAGGUACGAGGCCAAAGUGCAUUUUGAUAGAAUGAAGAUGCAUGGGAUAAAUUAUGUCCAGGAUACGUAUUUGGUGGAGUCAAACCCAGAUAAAAAUAUACUUGGUAAUGGUGACAAAAUGAGUUCGGCUGAAGCCCUUGCCCAGUUUGAGGUAUACACUGAGAGAUGUGAGGAGGUGAUUAAGCUCCAAGAUGAUCUAGCUGAGCAAGAGGCUCUUAUGGAGAGCAUUAUGUCCGAAAUCCAAGAGGAACUCAAUCAAAGGUGGAUGAAAAGAAGACAAGAGGAACUUUCUAAUAAACACCCCUGUGAGGCAUCUCAUAGGGUUGCAGAUCUGACUCAAGAAAGCGAUGCAGUAUCCCCCGAAAAUGAGCUGGUUUUGGAAGAGGAGAGGAUCAGAACCCAACUAGACACGAGCUUGUACAUCGGCCUGCGGUUGAACACGGAUUUGGAGGCUAUAAAGAAUGAUUUGGAGUUGACCAAGGAGAUAUGGGAUGUAAAAGAAAACGAGCUGAUGGAUUUGCUGAAGAAGGUGAACUCUGUGGAUUUUGAAGAGGACAUUGAGGCCGAUGUUGCGCUGAAAGGAGAAACGAUAGAAACUGAACAACUGAUGGAACUGCAGGGAGACAAUGUGUGGGUCGAGCAGGCAAGAGGGCUUUCAAAGACAUGUAACAUUAAUGAUGACGAUUCAGAUACGGGACUCAGUUCGAUGCAUAGUCAAGACUCGGAUAACACGACCAUCUAUGAAUCUUUAGUGUAAAUCUACUGAAGUGGGAAGAGUUCAGGUUUCUUUCCACCUUUUAUCACGACAGCUUGUAUUCAUACCAACAGGAUAACUGAAUGGUUAACUAUGCACUUAAAGUUGUUUUCAUGCUCAUCUACAAUUAUCAGUGUUAAUUUAACCACACUGUAAAUAUGCAGCUUUUUGGUCAAAUCAACAUAUAUUUUUAAGUUUACAAAUUAAGUUAUGUCAAAACUUAAAAUAGUACGUUGAAUUUCCUUACAAAGCCAACUUCAUGCUACAUUUUUACAGUGCAAAAUGAAGAUAAGAAUAUGUUAUCUCUUCAAAUGUAUUAAGAUUUGUGCAUAAUGUGCACCAAAUAUGACCUAUAUGAUUUAGUUAGAAACAUCACUGCGGUGAUUGUUGUAAUCCUAUAACACCAAAAUUUUGGACCCCAGAUUUUAAAAAUGACGAUAAGUACAGUAUUAAACAUUGGAUAAUCCAUGCUUACAAGUGCAUUUCAAGAAAACAAAAUCUACAAAGCUGUCACUGGGAUGACACCCUUUAAAAAGGUUGUAAUAUGUAGUGUUUAGGUACAGAUGUGCACCUUUGAGGUACCAAUAUGCACCCUUUAGAGUACCGUCCCAGUGACAGCCACAGACAGUGUGGUCUUAAAGGGACAGUCACCCAAAAAAUGAAAAUUCUGUCAUAAGUUUCAUUUUUUUCUGAUAAAAAAUAUUUUGAUAAAUGAUGAUAAGUACACAUUGUACAAAAAAUCUUUGCUGCCUUAAAAUGUUUUGUUAAAUCAACUCAGAUUUACAAGUCAUUUCAACAGCGAUGAGUUGUCACAACUUAUAAAAUAUAGUUGAGAAAAGCUCAACUUAAUUUUAUAAGUUAUAACAACUCACCUGUAUAAAAACUCAUCUCUAGUCAAGAUAAAUAAUAGUAAGUUGAAAUGACUUGUAAGUCCGAGUUGAUUCAACAAAACAUUUUAAGGCUGCACAUUUUUUUUACAGUGCACAUCUACACUGAAAACAAUUAUUAAUUCAAUUUUUUUAAGAUAAGUGGUUGCAAUCAAUUUUAUUUAAGCUACAUUUAAACAAAAGUUUUUUUUGUUUUUCUAUUUUUUGUUUAAAUGUUUAAAUAAAUUGAUUGCAACCACUUACCUUAAAAAAUUGAGUAAAUUGAAUGAAUACAUUUUUUUCAGUGUGAUUGUAAGCAUUGACUUUCAUAGUAGGAAAAAAAAUACGAUGGAAUUCAAUGUGUAUCGUCAACUGUGUGCUUACCAUCAUUUAUCACAAUAUCUUCUUCAUCAUUUAGUAAAUUACUUCCAUCAUUUUUGUUUUCAUACUAUGGAAGUCAAUGGUUACAAUAAGCUGUGUGCUUACCAUCAUUUAUCAUGUUGGACAUGAGGAUGAAAAAAUUAUGACAGAAUUUUAAUUUUUGGUUGAACUAUUCCUUUAACAAAAAAAGUAAAAAUAAACAGGGCUAUUAGUGUAAAGCUUUUAUAAAACCUGUGUCCUGCAAAUGAAUUAUUCUUACAGAUAAAUAUUACAAGACAGUCUAGUCAGUUUUUAUGUUAUGAUAAAAGUUGUGAAGGUCUGAGUUAUGGUGCUUAAAAUGUGCCCAUGUGUUGUUGUUAACCAUGACAGAUAAGAAAGACUGUAAAGAUUAUCUUUAUUUUGAGCUAUCUGCAUUGUUUACAUACUGUAUUAAUGAUUUAAAGUGGACCAAUAGACCUUACAUUAUCAGAGCAUUUUUAUAAUACUGUACUAUAAUAGAGGACCCAUAUAGUUUAGUAUUGUAUGACCAGAUGUAAAUGUUGAGAUUCAUAUGAUAAAACAAUCAGGAUAUAUGAUGAAGUAAACUAUUGUGCAAUGCUUUUUUUACGACCUGCUACAUGCACUGUUUCAUAUUUUACCCCCCGAAAAACAAAAGAUGUUUAUCAACAUAAACAAAACCAUGUGUAACGAUAAUACUGUUUUCGGUUUCUUCCUAAUCUCACACAAAGGGGUACGUUGCAAGUGUUUUAUGUGUUUCCUUGGUUGCAUUGUUGCGACACCAUUGUUCAGACCGAAAGGUAACUUGCUCUGAAAGGGUAACUGUGGGGGAACAGGGUAGGCAAGUCGAUGGCUUAAAUCUUACGCAACUACAUGUGCCGUAUCCUGGCAGGGAACAAUUGUGGAGGUACAAAUUUUAAAGAGCACUGUGAAAGUAAGGCAUUUACAAAACAUAGUCAGAUAACCGCCUUUCACGUUUUCAUACCUCGGGCACGCAGGAGCAAAACAUCACAACCACAAAAGAUUUGACUCGCAUAAAGGCAAAAGACUUCAGGCUCAUUCAGGAGAUAUUAUUGAACCCUAUGCCAGUUUGGCAGGGUCACUGCUAUCACGCUUUACUGUGAAUAGCCUUUAGCUGAGACUAGAGGAAUCCUUUUGAGACGCAGGUGCUGUAUUACAUACAGGAGGUUGUGCCAAUUGUUGUGCUUUACCGAAAGACAUUUGGUCCUUUCUUUCAUUGUGGUGGUUCCUGGAAGCCUGCUUGAGGUUUCAUGUUGUCAAAGUAUUGCAAAAUACUCUUAAAAGUUGAUUUAUACAUAUCUACACUAUCUAAUAAAAGUAUCACGAGGAUUUUGUAGCACAAGUGUAUGACUCAACAGCAGGUGGACUUAUUUCACUUUAUUUCUCAUUCUGUUAUAAGGAAUUGAGCUAUCAAUCAAACAUACCAGUAGAGGUACAUGUACUUUAAUACAUAUGUGUGUUUGUGGCAAAGCACCGCCACAUAAACAAACUGUUGAUUGUACACGAUGUUCAAGUGUUUACCGCAGUAUUCAUCAUUACACACGUACACCAACAUUACAAACACAUAUUGUUUAACCAGUUUCGCAUAGCCAUAGAUUGGAAACAUGUCAGUGCUUUUAGUUAUAAACAUGAACCCGAGGGAAGUUUCAUUAUGUGUGUUGUAUACGCUAGAGGCUUUUGGGCAAUUAUGUUAGUUUGCAAAAAUCUUUUGGCACACAUUAGGUAUCACAACAAAGAACAAUCGUUCACUUUUGAAAACUUGCACAAUGUUACUGUCAUAGAGAUUAAUCGGUUUUAAUGCACUCCCUAAUUUGGAUUUAGGCAGAUAAAAGCUGAUAUUGAAAACUAAUUUUAGUAUAGAGCCUUUGAGUUAUUGUAAUUUGAGCAAUUGAAUGUGGUUAUGCUGUUAUACACGGAUAUGUGACCCUGGACCACAAAACCAGACAAAAGGGUCACACUGUUAACCUAGAUAUUGUCUUUACUUAAACAAUCAAGUAAACAUCACUUAACAUUUUCUGUUUUGAAGCCAAAGCUUAAAAAAGUUUAGUUGAUUUAACUUUUAAGCUUACAAAAUCCAUUAAACUAAAACAUUCAAGUAAAAUGAACUUAAAAUUCAU